AUGUAUAAUGCAGACAGGCGGAGCAAGGUGUUUAUUGAUGGCUUGCAUUAUUUUCUCGAAGUGGCAAGAGCGAACAAGCCAGAGAAUGGGUUCGUAUGUUGUCCAUGCUUCCAAUGCAAUAACAGGAAGGAGUAUUCAAAGGAUUCCUGGGGGACUAUUCACAGCCACUUGUUUAAAUACGGUUUCAUGCCUAACUAUUUGGUUUGGACCAAGCACGGUGAACUAGGGGUUGUAAUGGAAGAUAGCGAGGAGGAGGAGGAAGAUGACACCAUUCCGGACUGGGUUGCAGGCCAAGCUUUUGCAGGUACUACAAUGGGCGAGGCUGAUGAAGAUGAGUUUGCAGAAAAUGACCCUACUGAUGACCUUGGUCAGGUGAUACGAGAUGCACACAGAGAUUGCGAAACUGAGAAGGAAGCAGCAAAGUUGCAGCGCAUGAUAGAUGAUCACCAAAAAUUGUUGUACCCAGGUUGCCAGCAGGGCCAUAAAAAACUAGGUACGACACUAGAAUUUGUGCAAUGGAAGGCAAAAAAUGGUGUGUCCGAUAAGGCAUUUCAGGGGAUGUUGAACAUUGUCAAGAAGAUUCUCCCCGAGAAUAAUGAAUUACCGUCCACAACAUAUGAAGCUAAACAGAUUAUUUGCCCUCUCGGAUUGGAUGUUCAGAAGAUACACGCAUGCCCUAAUGACUGUAUCCUCUAUCGUGGUGAUGAAUACGAGGAAUUGGAUGCUUGUCCCAUCUGUGAAGCCCUGCGGUAUAAGAUCAGGCGAGAUGAUCCUGGUGAUGUCGAGGGGCAGUCUCCCAAGAAGAGAGUUCCCGCGAAGGUGAUGUGGUAUUUCCCUAUAAUACCACGCUUGAAGCGCUUGUUCAGGAACAAGGCGAAUGCUAAGUUGAUGCGAUGGCACAAAGAAGACCGUAAGGAAGAUGAGAUGCUGAGACACCCCGCAGAUGGGGCACAGUGGAGAUCAAUUGAUAGAACAUUCCUAGACUUUGAAAGUGAAGCAAGGAACAUAAGGUUUGGUUUAAGCACUGAUGGAUUCAAUCCAUUCGGUGAGUUGAGUAGUGGUCAUAGUACUUGGCCUGUGACCCUUUGUAUGUUCAACCUUCCUCCUUGGCUGUGCAUGAAGCGAAAGUUCAUUAUAAUGCCGGCGCUUAUCCAAGGCCCAAAACAACCCGGCAACGACAUUGACGUGUACCUAAGGCCGUUGGUUGAUGACCUUUUACAGCUCUGGAAGGAAGAAGGUGUACGUGUGUGGGAUGAGGAUAGACAAGAGAUCUUUAAUCUACGAGCACUGUUGUUCGUAACCAUCAACGAUUGGCCUGCAUUGAGUAACCUUUCAGGACAGACAAAUAAGGGAUAUCGGGCAUGCACCCACUGUUUAGACGACACAGAUAGCAUGUACUUGAAGCACUGUAAGAAGGUCGUCUAUAUGGGUCAUCGUCGAUUUCUCCCUGCUCACCACCAGCUGAGAAAGAGCGGGAUGCAUUUCAAAGGGACGCCAGACCAUCGUAAAAAACCUGCACACCGUAAUGGAAAGCGUGUGUUCGAGAUGAUGAAGGAUGUAUAUGUAGUCUUCGGAAAGGGACUUGGUAGCCAACCUGUUCCGAACGAUGAUAACGGACAUGCACCCAUGUGGAAGAAAAAGUCAAUAUUUUGGGAGCUACCUUAUUGGGAAAUCCUAGAGAGAGAUAAUGGACAGCACUACUUACGUCCUGCCAGUUACACUCUCAGCAAGGAGGAGAAGGAUAGCAUGUUUGAAUGCUUGAAUAGUAUGAAGGUCCCGUCUGGGUACUCCUCGAAUAUAAAGGGAAUAAUAAAUAUGAAACAAAAGAAGUUUACAAAUCUCAAGGCUCAUGACUGCCACAUGUUGAUGACCCAGUUGCUUCCGGUUGCACUGAGGGGUGUUCUACCAGAAAAUCCAGAAGGAAGCAUCGCCAGGGGAUAUGGAACAGAGGAGGUGAUCGAGUUUUGUGUUGAUUUUAUUGAUUCAAUUGACUCGAUUGGGGUUCCAACUUCACGCCACGAGGGGAGGCUCCGAGGAAUGGGCACCCUUGGAAGGAAAUCAAGUUUGAGCAAUGAUACUAAUUUGUUCGACAAGGCACACUACACUGUUCUACAACAGUCAUCCUUUGUGUCUCCGUAUAUUGAGCAGCACAGGCAGAUGGUAGCUUCCAAAAACCCGACCAAAUCCGAUGCUUGGCUUACCCGUCAUCACAUGGAAACUUUUCCCUCCUGGUUGCGCCAACAACUUAUGGGUAACUCUGAGAUUCACCCACAGCUUGCCUGGUUAGCUAGGGGACCUGCUACCACAAUCGUCAAAUUCCAAGGCUAUGAGAUAAAUGGUUACACAUUUUACACGAGAGCCCAGGACCAGAAAAGCACGAACCAGAAUAGUGGUGUCCGCAUAGAUGCCAUGGACAGAAAUAAUAGCAAGGAGUCGUAUUAUGGUUUCAUACAGGAGAUAUGGGAACUCGAAUACGGACCACUGUACAUCCCUCUAUUUCUUUGCAAUUGGGUGAAGCUAACUGCCGUCACCAAAGAUCAGUACGGAAUGAUAAUAGUAGAUCUGAGCAAGACUGGAUACAAUGAUGACCCAUUCGUACUUGCCAAUGAUGUGCAUCAGGUGUUCUAUGUGAAGGACAUGUGCAGCAAACCCAAGAGGAAUCCAGAAGAGACAUGGGAGCCAAAGUGCCACAUAGUUCUUCCAGGUAAAAGAAAAAUCGUGGGAGUCGAGGAUAAAACAGACCAAUCAGAUGAUUAUGAUCAGUUUGAUGGCAUGCCUCCAUUCGACGUUGAAGUUGAUCCAAGCAUCCUGCUGUCCAAAGAAGAGGCUCCGUACUUACGCCGCGAUCAUGAUCAAGGAACUUUCGUGAAGAAG